AUGAGGGGCGUCGCUAUAGGCAUCCAGGCCGACCCUGCCAUAUCCUCCCCUGUGGUUGGUGUACUCCAGGUGAUUAUUGAUAUUGGCUUGGAAUUCUCAAAGUUCUUCACCAGAUUGACUGAUAUGAUCUGCGAGUUUGAAGAUUAUCUCGGGCCACUGUCUGAACAUUCUCAGGCAGCUGACAUUGAGCUUAUAGAGAGUGCAGUUGUCAGUGUGUAUACAAACAUGCUCGAUUUUGGUUGGAAAGCGCGAUCUGUUUUCGUUGAUUCAAAUGGAAAACGAAGGAGGUUCACCUCGUUUAGGGCAUUCAAACGACAGCAUUGGGACACGUUUGAGACCGAAUUCAUGUCUAUGAAACAGCAGAUGCAACACCACCUUCAUGUUCUUCAGCAUACUGUACAGGCAACACACUUCAAUCAUGCCCGGAUUACCGCAAAAAGUAGGUCUGGCCCCUGGACGGAAAGAACGGCAUUUCUAUCAUGGGUCUCAGACGUCGACUUUGAAGAGGUGCAUCAGAGUACCUAUGCUAAAAAGCAAAGAGGGACAGGCGACUGGCUGACACGAGAGCCCCGGUUUCAAGAAUGGAUGCAAAGCUCGCAUUCAUCUCUAUUGUGGUGCAAUGGAAAGCCUGGUAUCGGAAAGUCUGUGCUCAGUUCUCAUGUCUUAGAACACAUCACAGCUGAAGCUGGGUUGCGAGAAAAAACUGCCAUUUGCUUCGCCUACUACAAUUACCGUGAUACACGAUUGGCAAACAUUACCACGAUCAUAGCCAUACUGAUCAAGCAACUCUGUCAAGGCAUGCAAGAUAUACCAGACAAUCUUCUCGAAAUCAUGCGCAACGCUCGCUCUCCGUCUCUGCUAGGUUCAAAACAAUAUUUCUUCUCCCUCACGGAGAACUUUUCAGAAGUCUUCGUCGUUUUCGAUGCUCUCGAUGAGUGUCCAGAAGAGAGACGGGAGGAUAUUCUCGGCUUCAUCACCGAGGUGGUAACUAUGCCGGCUCCGCAUUGUAUAAAGGUAUUUGCCACGAGUCGGAGGGAGAUGGACAUCACAGAGGCCUUUGUGAAAAAAGAUGUCCCAACCAUUCAAAUCUCAGCUGGCAAUGUUUCGGCCGACAUUGAGACGUUUGCCCGCAGUAGAGUCGAAGAACUUCGAUCUGGGCAACAUGGAAAGACCCUAUACAUUGAUAGCGAUGAUUUCACAGAAGAAAUUAUCAGGACACUCGCUCAGAAGGCCGAAGGAAUGUUUCUUUGGGUCAACCUUCAACUGGAAAAUCUCUGUCAAGCUAGCAAGGCUCGAAACGACGAGGUGGUGAAGGAAGCACUGAACACAUUGCCCUGGAACUUGCCAGACACCUAUAUUCGAAUUCUGGAACGGAUUGAAACUCAAGCUCCAUACAUGAGAGAUCUGGCAAUCAGAAGUCUGUCCUGGGUACUAUAUGCUGAGAGGUCUCUCAGCACCAAAGAACUACAAACCGUUGUUGCAAUCAAUUCGAAAUGUAAAACUCAAGAAGAUCUACGACCCAUCUCGAUAGAAGUCAUUCUUGAAGCUUGCGGCAAUCUACUAGAAGAAGCUAACAGAGUGAUCCGACCUAUCCACUACACAGUGCAGGAGUUCCUGACGACUGCUGCUCACGGGAAACCACAACAUGCGAUACGAAGACAGCUUCUAGACUCGAAAUCUGUGCACAAAAUUUUGAGUCUAGAUUGUCUUAUGUACAUUGGCCUAAUGUCGUUUAGCGGGCCAGCUUAUGACGAAUGGGAACUUUCCCAACGAGUGGAUGAACAUGAUCUCGCUAUAUAUGCAUAUACGAGCUUCGACUACCAUAUCUUGAAUUGUGGUGAGCCUUCUCCUGAUGCUAUGAAUAAACUGGAGAGACUUUUCCAGCGGGACAGUGCAUAUCUUGCAAUGUUAUUACAGAUGACACUCCUAUCGAAUGACAAUAUUUACGGGAUCUCUAUGGCGAGAUUUAACAGUAUAGAUUCUCUGGUAACCCCUGCCACAAUCAUACAUAGCACCAGGCUCUACAACGUUCCCACAAUCAGACAACGAUGGGUGGGUCAAACACCACCCAUAUAUGCUUUGCACCUUGCGGCCUCUGCAGGACUAGUCGAUGCAAUCUGGCAGCUUCUAGGAGAUGGAGUUGAUAUUAACGAGAAAGACGGGGCUGAGUGUGCCUCAAUGUAUUACGCAUGCCAAUAUGGCCAUCUGGAUGUUGCUCAGAUACUCAUCAGAGAAGGCGCAGAUAUCGAUGCACGAGGC